AUGCUCUCACGUGUUGCUGCUGUGAAGGCACCCCGCACACACAACCGUCGCCGCGUGACCGGAUCCAGCGGAAGGAGGAGGGAAGGAGGAGAGGGUGAGCCGCAGAGGCCCAACAUGUCCCGGCGUGUGUUUACUUCCGCGGUGCUGCUCCUCCUUUUCGUGUUGAUGUGCGCCGCCGCGGAGCCUUUGCGGACCCAAAACUAUGGAACGAGAGUGGACGAUUCCUAUGGAAGACACAGUUUGGAGCAGUCGCCAAGGGAGUAUCCAGUCGCAAACACAGCGGCCGCUGGCCACAUUUUCCGCAAUCCUCAUCUUGUGAAUGUGGACGGGAUGCUCCUGGCCAUUGUUGGAGCUCAGUUCAAUGGAUCUGUGGGGAGCGGGAGUGCGUCCAUGCAGUUGAUGGCACGGAUCAGCGUUGAUGGUGGGAGGACGUGGCGGCCGUACGUGGGGCCAGAAGAUCUUGACGUUUUUGCUGCACACCUUCACCAGAUGUUGUUUACCACGCCUUACAGACUCUUCGGACCGCUUUUUGCUUUUGUGGAGGGCUACGACUUACGGAAAGGGGCCAGAAUUCGGUUUACCGAUGAGCGGGGAGGAAGUGGUGUGGAGUCUGUUAUUCAUUUUCUGGAGACGGGGCCUAGACGAAGCGGAGGUUUUUCGAUGAAUUCCGUCUCUAUGAGCAUUCGCCUUCCUUAUCCCUAUCAACCCGGUGACAUGAUUGGCUUCCUCAACGAUGCCAGUACUCCCAUCACGAAAAUGACGGAUGGCACGCUCGUGUUUCCCGUGCAGUUUCUGACAAUGGGAGGGAACACUGCGUCCACAAUCAUGUACAUGAAUCCCGGUCAACAGCACUGGACCUUUGCGAACAGCGCGACACAUGCAGGCUGCACCAACCCCAGUAUCCUUGAAUGGGAGGCUGGGAAAAUCAUCAUGAUCACCUCAUGUGAGUACGGUCGCCGAAGGGUGUACGAGUCGACUGACAAGGGGAACACGUGGACGGAGGCUGUGGGGACGCUCUCGCGCGUGUGGAGCAACUCAUUGGCAGGUCUUGGGCUCCACAUUCAGGGUGGAUUCAUCACUGCAACUAUUGGCGGAAAGAAGGUGAUUCUCCUCACCCAGCUGGAAUAUUCCAGACACGACGGAAAGAACGAGAUUCACCUGUGGCUAACGGACACGAAUCGCAUUUACCACGUUGGCCUGUUACCCACUGGGUAUGGCGCGACCUCCAGCUCUCUGUUGUACGCGAAUGAUAAGCUGUAUUGUUUGUACGAGGCCGGUGUUGGAAGCAGCUCCGGAGCCUUCUUCCUGGAUCUGGCUUCCGAGCUGCACUGGAUAAGGCAUGCGCUGGAUACUUGGGCCGUGAAAGACAAUGCCUUGAGACAAUGCAGCUCAAUUGCCUCAGGCGCCGCACUGUCAAGAGGGAACUGUUCUGUUCCUAUCCCCACGACUGGGCUUGUGGGCCAUUUGGCCGAUAGGCUCCGUGGGGACAAGUGGGAGGACGAGUACCUUGGGGUGAAUGCCGUUGUGAGGGGUGCGACGAAAAAGGCUCCCAGUGGGCUGACGUUCGAAGGGCAUGACGCAGGGGCCGAGUGGCCCGUGGACAAGCAGUGGCCGAACAGACCGCUCCACUUUUCAAACUAUGGGUUUACUCUUGCGGCAACGGUGUCGAUUCACGAGGUGCCGAAGGGCAUCACUCCCCUGAUGGGCCUGAAGAAAAUGGGGAAGACAACACUCCUGGGACUGUCGUACGAUAAUAAUAUGGAGUGGAGCGUGGAGCAUGAGUUGUUCCCGAAGCAUUUUACCGCAUGGGAGCUGGACAAAACGUAUCACGUGGUGCUCAAAAUGCAUGACGGUGUGGGCUCCGUGUACGUUGACGGGACUCCCCUUUGGAAUAUGAGUCUGAGAAAUUCGUUCAAUGAAGGGCUGGACGCGGUCUCACACUUUUACUUUGGCGCGUACGAUGAGCAGUUGAGCAGCGGAAAAAUCCAUGCGACGGUGGCGAACGUCUUUCUGUACAACCGCCCGUUGAAUGAAACUGAGAUUGGCGCCCUUAACGCGAAUAAAGUCACCAUUCCACCUCCGGAAAGGAAGUCGGCGAAAGCGGCGGCAGCUACUUCCCCGUCCGUUGAAUCUGCCAACGAUAGGGUGAACACAAAUACACAGCCAACUGUGCCACCGCCUGCUACUGCCGGACCACAGCAGACGGACCAAACAACUUUGAACACGAGCAGUGUUCCGAGUGGUGGCGCUGCAUCCACACCAGCGGAGCCCAAACCAGCGGAGCCCAAACCAGCGGAGCCCAAACCAGCGGAGCCCAAACCAGCGGAGCCCAAACCAGCGGAGCCCAAACCAGCGGAGCCCAAACCAGCGGAGCCCAAACCAGCAGAGCCCAAACCAGCGGAGCCCAAACCAGCGGAGCCCAAACCAGCGGAGCCCAAACCAGCGGAGCCCAAACCAGCGGAGCCCAAACCAGCGGAGCCCAAACCAGCGGAGCCCAAACCAGCAGAGCCCAAACCAGCGGAGCCCAAACCAGCGGAGCCCAAACCAGCGGAGCCCAAACCAGCAGAGCCCAAACCAGCGGAGCCCAAACCAGCGGAGCCCAAAUCAGCGGAGCCCAAACCAGCAGAGCCCAAACCAGCGGAGCCCAAACCAGCGGAGCCCAAACCAGCAGAGCCCAAACCAGUGGAGCCCAAACCAGCGGAGCCCAAACCAGCAGAGCCCAAACCAGCGGAGCCCAAACCAGCGGAGCCCAAACCAGCGGAGCCCAAACCAGCGGAGCCCAAACCAGCAGAGCCCAAACCAGCGGAGCCCAAACCAGCAGAGCCCAAACCAGCGGAGCCCAAACCAGCGGAGCCCAAACCAGCAGAGCCCAAACCAGCAGAGCCCAAACCAGCAGAGCCCAAACCAGCAGAGCCCAAACCAGCAGAGCCCAAACCAGCGGAGCCCAAACCAGCGGAGCCCAAACCAGCAGAGCCCAAACCAGCAGAGCCCAAACCAGCAGAGCCCAAACCAGCGGAGCCCAAACCAGCAGAGCCCAAACCAGCAGAGCCCAAACCAGCGGAGCCCAAACCAGCAGAGCCGAAAUCAGCAGAGCCGAAAUCAGCGGAGCCCAAACCAGCGGAGCCCAAACUAGCAGAGCCCAAACCAGCAGAGCCCAAACCAGCGGAGCCCAAACCAGCAGAGCCCAAACCAGCGGAGCCCAAACCAGCGGAGCCCAAACCAGCAGAGCCCAAACCAGCGGAGCCCAAACCAGCAGAGCCCAAACCAGCAGAGCCCAAACCAGCAGAGCCCAAACCAGCAGAGCCCAAACCAGCAGAGCCCAAACCAGCGGAGCCCAAACCAGCAGAGCCCAAACCAGCGGAGCCCAAACCAGCGGAGCCCAAACCAGCAGAGCCCAAACCAGCAGAGCCCAAACCAGCAGAGCCCAAACCAGCGGAGCCCAAACCAGCAGAGCCCAAACCAGCAGAGCCCAAACCAGCGGAGCCCAAACCAGCAGAGCCGAAAUCAGCAGAGCCGAAAUCAGCGGAGCCCAAACCAGCGGAGCCCAAACUAGCAGAGCCCAAACCAGCAGAGCCCAAACCAGCAGAGCCCAAACCAGCAGAGCCCAAACCAGCGGAGCCCAAACCAGCAGAGCCGAAAUCAGCAGAGCCGAAAUCAGCGGAGCCCAAACCAGCGGAGCCCAAACUAGCAGAGCCCAAACCAGCAGAGCCCAAACCAGCAGAGCCCAAACCAGCAGAGCCCAAACCAGCGGAGCCCAAACCAGCAGAGCCCAAACCAGCAGAGCCCAAACCAGCGGAGCCCAAACCAGCAGAGCCCAAACCAGCAGAGCCCAAACCAGCAGAGCCCAAACCAGCAGAGCCCAAACCAGCAGAGCCCAAACCAGCGGAGCCCAAACCAGCAGAGCCCAAACCAGCGGAGCCCAAACCAGCGGAGCCCAAACCAGCAGAGCCCAAACCAGCAGAGCCCAAACCAGCAGAGCCCAAACCAGCGGAGCCCAAACCAGCAGAGCCCAAACCAGCAGAGCCCAAACCAGCGGAGCCCAAACCAGCAGAGCCGAAAUCAGCAGAGCCGAAAUCAGCGGAGCCCAAACCAGCGGAGCCCAAACUAGCAGAGCCCAAACCAGCAGAGCCCAAACCAGCGGAGCCCAAACCAGCAGAGCCCAAACCAGCGGAGCCCAAACCAGCGGAGCCCAAACCAGCAGAGCCCAAACCAGCAGAGCCCAAACCAGCGGAGCCCAAACCAGCGGAGCCCAAACCAGCAGAGCCCAAACCAGCAGAGCCCAAACCAGCGGAGCCCAAACCAGCGGAGCCGAAAUCAGCGGAGCCCAAACCAGCAGAGCCGAAAUCAGCGGAGCCCAAACCAGCGGAGCCCAAACCAGCAGAGCCCAAACCAGCGGAGCCCAAACCAGCGGAGCCCAAACCAGCGGAGCCCAAACCAGCAGAGCCCAAACCAGCGGAGCCCAAACCAGCGGAGCCCAAAUCAGCGGAGCCCAAACCAGCGGAGCCCAAACCAGCGGAGCCCAAACCAGCGGAGCCCAAACCAGCGGAGCCCAAACCAGCAGAGCCCAAACCAGCGGAGCCCAAAUCAGCGGAGCCCAAACCAGCAGAGCCCAAACCAGCGGAGCCCAAACCAGCGGAGCCCAAACCAGCGGAGCCCAAACCAGCGGAGCCCAAACCAGCAGAGCCCAAACCAGCGGAGCCCAAACCAGCGGAGCCCAAACCAGCGGAGCCCAAACCAGCGGAGCCCAAACCAGCGGAGCCCAAACCAGCGGAGCCCAAACCAGCGGAGCCCAAACCAGCAGAGCCCAAACCAGCGGAGCCCAAAUCAGCGGAGCCCAAACCAGCAGAGCCCAAACCAGCGGAGCCCAAACCAGCGGAGCCCAAACCAGCGGAGCCCAAACCAGCGGAGCCCAAACCAGCGGAGCCCAAUGCCGCGACAUCCUCAGCAAGGGAGGGAACUGCAGACCAGCCGGCAUCUGCCACUUCUUCCGAUGAACAUGAAGCUCUGGCGUCUGUUACAUCUUCAAGCGUCGCCAUUACUGAUGUUGGUGCUUCCUCGUCUGAUGAUGCACAAACGGUGGGGACGGAAAGUGGAGAUAUGAUGCAGGCAGAUCAACCAACCCAAUUCUCUGUGGGCACCCCCGACGCAGCAAAUGCAGCAACACAUAACGCUGAAGGCAAGGGACAAGAAGGGCUCCAUCCACAGGUCAAGGAAGCAGAGGCGGCGACACUCAGCAGCAGCCUUUAA